GCGCCGCACCGCACCGCACCGCACCGCAUCCUUGGCUUAAUGUUUGCGUGCUUAUAUUCUUCCGUGAUGAGACCGGUGGAAAUGCUGGUAAGAGCGUGGAGGUGUCUGUACUUGGCUUAGAGGCUCGGGAGAAAAAUGUGAUGGACCAUGGCCGACUUUGAUUUCUCUGUUGUUAAUGGAAGACGGAGUACUUUUCAACUUCCACAGAAGAACUUACGAUAUGGUAACUUUGAGGGUGUGAAGGCACUCCCACAUGUUGGCAGCGCAGCUGUCACUAGUGAGCAGCUGGCAAAGACAGGCAGCCACUUCAACAACAAGCGGAUAUUCCAGAAAGUGUGCCAGUGGUUUGAGACAUGGAUGCCGUGGCAGAAACGAAUCCUGCUCUGCGGGAUAACCGACCGAUGCUCCAGCAGCCAACUGGAGUAUCUGGCCACAGCCUUGGAGCCAGUCUUCCACCGCGACUUCUCGGCAUCGCUCAACAAGGAGAAGUUUUCCGGCACGCCUCCCAAGAAGCGACAGGAGGAAGACCCCCAGAUGGCACUGCUGAAGGCACUGCAGAUGGCCACUAAAGGGACCAAAUAUGAGGGCGAUUAUCUACUGGUGAGGUCAGGAAGGCAGUCCCGUGGAUACAGUGAUUUGGAGGGAUUUGCACAGGAGUAUGUGAAGCAGGUGAUAGAGGGAGCCCUCGAGAUGAUGUACGGCAGGUUUUCCAAGACCAAACCGCCAAGUGAUCAUCAAGGUCAAUUCCAGAUGCAACAGCCACUCCAGCCACAUGAACGGGGCGAGAGCACCGUCCCUCCACACCUUACCCUAGAUGUUCCGAAAUUCAGGAAACUAUCAGAGGAGGAGUGCUUGACCUCCGAAAGCACCGGUCAGUUGAUACCGACCAUAACCACCGAUUCCGAUCACCAGGUGCAGAGGACGAAAAGAGCCACGCGCACACUGACAGCCCCACCAUCACACAGCUAUGGCUCCCAGUCCAGAAGUCCAGCCAGGUCUGUCCAGGAUCUGCAGCCACCUCCAGAACACUGCAAGCACGGGCGCCACUGGACCUUCCCAGGUUGCCAGAACCUGCAAACUCCCCUCUUCUCCGAUAAUCUGACAGGCCGGGUGGCCACGGACAGUGGUACAAAUUUCACUCCAGGUUAUGGGACUGGUAGCUAUGCUCCACUGCAGGCCAAUAAAGUUUCUACAUUGACUUGGUGUAUGAAACACCAAAGAAGGGACAGGACACCAACCAGUCCAGCAUCGCCAGGGGCCAGCAGGCCAGCAUCUCAUCAUCACAACAGCCAUGUCAGCUCAGGCAGUGUCAGCACAAGGGAUUUCUUUGAGCACAAGCAACAGUCACAAAAGCUGGGCACUAUGUUCAGGGCUUUGCGGACUGGUCAGAUCCGGAAGCCAGACAAACUUACUGAUGUUUCCAUUCCGCUUCAAAAGACUUUCAAACAUGCCAAAUGGUGGGGAAAGGAGCCGACUGGUACUCGGCAACUGGUGCCCGCUCAUCACAAGGAUCUAAAAGAACACUUCAAGAACCAGAUAGCUCAAGUGUGGGUGUGGAUGCAGGACUGGGAGGAAUUGGAGAAGGGAGAUCUGCUAGUUGAGCUGAUCAAGAUGUGCGACCAAGAUCUCUUGAAAUUUCUGGCUGAUUGUCUCCAACAGAGACUGAGACAUUUGUACAAAUGGUUGCGCGAUCGCAAUGACAUCAAUUGCCUGCCAGACAAGCUACUGCUUCACAUCUUCUCCUUCCUGCCUGCGCAUGACAUCUUCAUGGCUGAGAGAGUCUGUCGAAGGUGGCGCUACAUUGGUGCGCAGGAUGCCCUGUGGAGAAUCAAGUGUCAAGGGAUGGGUGCCAAGGAAGGCUUGCUAGACCUGCCUGGCUUGAUUGAGGAGUUCAAUCAAGGCUACAGUGUGGACUGGAGGAGUGCAUACACUGAACUGUGUGAGGUCGCCCAGCAUGCUAAGAAACCAGCCAUUCCUACGGCCCAAGUUGGCGAGACUGGGACCAAGAAGUGGCUGUCCAUCAGGUUCACAGAAUUUAUGAAGAAACGGACCCAGACACCAGAGUCUGACAAACUGACACCUAUUGAGAGUGAGAGUUUGUCAUCCGAAGAAAGUUCCACAGAAGAUUUUGAUCGGAAGCACAGCACAGUAGUUGAUGUGCCAAUCCAGUUCAUGAAGGUGGCCAUUGAAGCCGAGGAGAGUGAUGAGGAUGUCAUUGAGGAGUUGACCAUGUCUGAGUUUGCAAUCCAGGGUCUCGCACAGGAUUUCAACCUCUUUCCAGAGCUGACCACAACUGCUGAACUGCCUGCGGCCAUCCCUUUUGUCAAGCCGACUGAACUUGGCCAGCCCUUACCUGGAAGAAAAGCUAAAGAAGGCAGUGUGGACGAAACCAGAGACGAAGAAGCAGAGGGUGCACCGGGCGUGGCAGCCGACAAGACAGCAAGGAAGAAGAAAAAGAAGAAAAAGAAGAAAGCAGCCAGGUCGAGAGACGACGACGUGGCCUUGGAUAUCAGGCCAGAGCUGGUGCAAGCAAAGGAUAUUCUGAGUGAAUUGCAAGGAGACGUGGGACCUCCCAUGAAAUCCCUCAAACAUCCAGGAUGGGUUAAACCGAUCAAAAGAGUACGCAGACUACAGGGCCACACGGACGCUGUGUUCUGUCUGAUGUUUGACAAAUGUCGAAUUCUCACUGGAUCCAUGGAUCGAACCAUUCGUGUCUGGGAUAUCCGAAGUGGGAGGAGUAUACGCAAGAUCUAUGGCCACAAGGGAGGCAUCCGAUGCCUUCAGUUUGACGACACCCGCAUUGUGUCCGGCUCCUGGGACAUGACGGUCAUGGUCUGGGACAUUGUCAAAUUUGACAAUCUUGCCACCCUCACGGGGCACGUAGAUGUGGUGUCCUGUCUGCAGUUCAACAAGGCCCACUUGGUGACCGGAUCGCAUGACAGCACAAUCCGGGUGUGGUCGAUGGACGACUACCGUAGUCUGCAAGUCCUGAGACAUCACAGGGAUAGUGUGACAUGUCUGGUGUUUGAUGGCCGGUUUGUGACAAGUGGAUCGGCUGACAGAACCAUUCGGAUGGCAAGCAUCUCUACAGGUGAAUGUGUCCUCAAGCUAUCUGACUACUUAGAUGCAGUGACUUCGCUUGAUGUUCAGGGAGAACUGAUCGUUGGGGGCACCCUGAGUGGGAAACUGUUCUUCUGGGACAAGUUGUCAGGCAAAGCCGUGGCAGGAGUACAGCCCCACGACAGCAGCAUCUCCAAGAUAGUCUUCCUGCCCCGGGGGCGUGGUGGAGCCCAUUUCAUCACCGCUGCGGGCGAUGGCUCCAUUAAAGAGUGGGACUUGUACAGCAUGACAUGCGUGAGGGCACUACAUGGCCACAAAGGGUCCGUCCGGGAUGUUAAGGUUUCUGGUGACCGUAUUGUGAGCUGUAGUGAUGACGGUAAUGUCAGGAUCUGGGACCUGUUGACCCCACCCCUCAGACUGGGGGACAAGGGGGAGGAUGAUACCAUCGAAACAAAGACCAUUGACCAACGGCAAGACAGAUAAGCGCCAAUAGGUAUGGCCAAGAUGUCAUUGACAGCCUGUCACAUCAGUCUUAUAGGAUUAUAUUGACUCUCAACCAAUCCUAGUUCACUUUGAACAAUUUUCUGUUAAUUUGAUUGAAUCCAUGUGUAUAAAUCUACAGAUUUAGUCUAUGGAUGCGUUAAAAAUGUGCCAGUUAUGAUACAUGUAGUAGGCUUGUGGGAUGGGAGCUGUUGGCAGUUUCCUCCUCCCCAGGUCAAGUCUUGAGUGUGACCAGGACAUGGUGUCUGGCUCCUUUUGUGCUCCUUGGGAAAACCUACAAACUCUGAAAGGAUACACAGAAAUGACACCCAAGAAUUGGCUCUACGAGUUAUUGAGUUCAAUUUUUAUAUUUGUUGAAACUAGGGUACAUUGACAAUGUGAUGACCACAUGGUGCACAUUAUAAUGUUUUGCUUGAAAUGGCAAUGCCAGAAGCUACAUGUUAGAAACAGGCACUGGUGGCAGAAGGGGGGCCAAUUGCCCCCACACACACACCCAAGUGUGUAUUUGCCUGCAACUGGGGACCCCCUAGUGUUCC